AUGACAAUUGGCCUAAAAAUCAAGGAAUUCUUCUACACGCUCAAUGCGAAGGACAAGUACUCGGACUUUGACUCCCGCCAAUCGUUCAAUAGGCUUAACAAGCCCGACGUCAAGAGCUCUCUUCUAGGUAGCCACCAAAACGGCUCAACCGUCUCUUUGAGCACGCGUCUGAAUUCUGAGGGCGUUCACGAGGUUCGGCUCGCGUGGAGGCAUGUGAAAAAAUGGCUCCAUAAGCAUUGUGAGGACAUUAAUGCAUCGCUACUGGAAGCGUGUACGGAAGCAGAUAUCCACGAGUUUGAAAAGGAUUUGGGGUGUCAAUUGCCCGACUGUGUGGUGGAAUUUUUCCGUUUGACGGGUGGACAGUCAACUUUUAACGAUAAUGGAUGCAGCGGAUUGUUCUACGGCGUAAAACUAUGUCCCAUAGAUGAGAUCGCUGUCUUGACAGAAAGAUGGCGGAAGGUGCACGAGGAGAUCAAGAGAAACGAAGACAAUAAAAAUGCCUACGUGGCUGCAGCUAGCGAAGCGCUGUCUUCUGCCCGUGACAAACGCGUAAAGGACUUGUUCCCACCUCAGAGCUCAAUACCGCCAAACACCAUUCUUCCCAUAUAUGCCCAUUCGAUGUGGAUCCCCUUUGCCUCGGACCGGGCCGGAAACUACAUAGCUAUAGACCUUUCUCAUGAUCCCGAAGAUGAACAGCAGGCUGGAACACUCGGAAAGUGGGGACAAGUCAUUCUAUUCGGAAGAGAUUUCGAUACUAAGUUCAAGGUGGCCGACACGUUUGGCGACUUCUUGUUGAUAUUCGCCAAUGAUUUGGAGCUGGGCAAUUGGGCUCUUCACAACUUUGGUGAAUUUGAGGAUGUUGUAUGUGGUGUUGAGGCAGACUUGGUCUACAGAGAUCACAAGAGCAAAAAGGAAAUGCCUUACUUGGAUGUUCUUCGAACGCGCGCAACAGAAAAAUGGCUUGAGUCUUUAACUGCCGAGGAGCAAUUGCAAAAUGCUCCGGUUUUGGCACAAUUGAAGAGCAAGUACUCCUAUGAGGUGCCCACGUUUGAAGUCAACACGGACUCGCUCAUUACUCAAAACUUGAAACAGUUCGAUAUUUCAAAAGGAUCCGAAGCAUCUGCGUCCGCAGCUGCUGUUCCCGCUUCAGCCGGAGAGCCAGAGCUACAGGAGGUGGACAAGGAUUGA